AUGGCCUCCCAAACCUCCACCUCGGUUAAUAUUUCGCAGAGCCCCGGAUAUUUCUUCUCGGGUCCAAAUUCAAAUUGCGACUUGACCCGAAAACGCCGGGCUUUCUUCUACCCGGUGCCGUUGUACAGCGGGACUGGAAGGGUUCCAGCCAGUAAAGCAUUUCCUGUGAGGCCUUUGCUUCUUCCUCCUCCUCCUCCUUCUUCUUCUUCCUUUGAUCUUAUCGCAGGCGACGGUUUCACAUCUCAUUCGCAGAUCUCCAAAUUGACCUUCACGCCUUGA